AUGAAACUCUUCAUGAGUGAUUUGGAGAGGAGGAAGCCCGGGGCGAGAUGUUGGAAUGCCUGCUCCACCAUCCACCGCUGGACGAGAUCUUGUUUGCACUGUAACGUGACUUGGAGGAAUGCAGUUAAGUGGCUACAGUGGAGCUACCAGGAUCUGGGUGCUGCCGCUUUGACAGCAAAGUCCUCCCUUACCUGUUCUGAUUUACUCGGUCUUCAACAGAAACUUGGAACUAUUAUAUCAGCAAUAGCAAUUGUUAUUCGCAUGCUUGCAAAGAGAGCAGUGGCAACAAUGGAGAUCUUUGUGAAAAACAAAGAAAAGAAAGCUGGAGCAGUGUCCUUCCCCAUGACAAUAACAGCAGCCGUAGAGAAGAAAGGGUGUGGGACAAUAGUGGCAACUAUACACACCGGAGGAUAA